AUGUGUUGCAGGUGUGUGUGGCGAGGCUUGUUGCUGUCCACGCUGCUGGCUGUUGUUACCUUGGUUGAGUGUGAGAGUCAGCAGCAUCUGCCCCACCACCGUCACCGUCACCGUCAUCAUCAUGGGCAACGCAUCCCCAUCAGCGACUCUCUGCACCAGCAGUACGGGUCCUCCUGGGAUGCUUGGGGCCCCAAUAAUCGUGACAAGAGACAGUGGGCCCCUGAGGACAAUGAGGUGGAACAGGGGCCCUGGGGCGAAUGGUCGGGGUCUUCACCGUGUUCAAGAUCGUGUGGUGGCGGUGUCACCUAUCGCUCCAGAACCUGCAAAGGUGCCAGGCCCGAGGACUGCACCGGGAAGUCCAAGAAAUAUGAAUCCUGCAAUGUGGAGUCAUGUCCCGAAGGAUCAGUGGACUUCCGUGCUGAGCAGUGUCAGAGAUACAACAGUAUUCCCUUCGAAGGAAAAUAUUAUAGCUGGGUGCCCCAUCUUAAGGCACCGCGGAAAUGUGAACUGAAUUGUCAGCCUGAAGGUGAAAGAUUUUACUAUCGUCAUGCACUGAAGGUGGUAGAUGGAACACCAUGUGAAAGUGAGGGACGUGACAUCUGUGUUGAUGGGCACUGUAUGGUAACUAUGAAUAAUACAACUUUUUGUAUAUUAGUAAGAGGUAUUCUGAAUCAGAGAGAAUUAUUUUUCUAAUAAUGGUAGAUGAAC